AUGGCAGAAGCUCUUGUUGCCAUUAGUCUCGCCGGAAACAUCAUCCAAUUCAUUUCUUUCAGCUUCGUCCUCGUUUCGAAAACGAAGGAACUUUAUGAGUCCGCGUCGGACGCAUUGGACAAAAAGGUCGAUCUCAAGAUCAUAUCGCAGGACAUCAGGGCUCUCAGCAGUGGAAUAACAUCACGCGCCGGCGCCGGCGCCCCCGCGCGAUUGUCUGAGAUUGCUUCUCGCUGCAAUAUCAUUGCUAAAGAGCUCCUGGACGCAAUCGCCAAACUUGACGAGGAAAAUGUGCCAGCCUUCGGAGAAUCACCACGAAAAUCACCACAAAUAUGGCGGAGCUUUCGGAAGGCUCUCAGAUAUGUGUGGAAAAAAGAAUACGUUGAAGAGUUGAAAGCAAGACUGGAAUCGCUCAGAGACCAAGUGACAAUGCAUCUGGUCUCCGACACAUGUGACAAUCAAGUUCAGCUCGUGGACUUACUGGACGAUUUCAAAGUGCAGAAUCGGCGGUUGGGUUACCGCAUCACGUCACAGAUCCAGGCCUUGGACUCACAGCUUCAAGGCAUUCAGAAGGACGUCUCAACCCUCCGCGGGAAUGGCGUCUGGGGAACACUCAACGACGCUUUCUCUGGGUUUUCUUCGGAGGUUCACCUAGUGUCUCGGUGUCACGUGCUCAUCGCAAGUCUGCGUUACGAUUUCAUGCAGGUACGACAGAGUGCCAUUAGGGAUGCUCACACAAGGACCUUUGCGUGGAUGUACAGUCCCGGUAUGCGUGAUACUCUUGUUCUGCAAUCGGGUACCGGAUUCACCCAAUGGCUACAACGUAGCAGUGGGAUAUACUGGGUCACUGGAAAGCCAGACGGUCUUGACGAGUACUACGGAGACAGUUGGGAAGUCAUAGAGACACUGCGAGACUUGUCUGAAGCUCCAAACGUCAAACUUUGCCUUUCCAGCAGGCCCUGGAACUGUUUCAAAGAUUCUUUUGGUAGAGGCAACCCGCAUGUCCUCCGACUAUACGAAUACACCAGACCAGACAUAGAGCUGUUUGCCCGCGAAAACCUGCUAUCCAACCGCCCCUACAUGGACUACGAACCGACCCUCUUCGACGAUCUUGUACAGGAGAUAGGAGAACGAGCACAAGGGGUGUUUCUCUGGGUUCGCUUAGUAGUCAGAUCGCUUCGCAACGGCAUCGACAACGAGGAUUCAAUUCCUAUACUGCAAGAGCGUUUGCGUACCAUACCAUCCGAUCUGGAAGAGUUCUUCGAACAGAUACUGGGUUCUGUGGAAGGCGUGUAUCGAGGCCGAAUGGCUGGGACUUUCCUUGCUGCCAUUCGAAGUCCUCAUCAACUGAAACUGAUACACUAUUACUUCCUGGAACAGACCGACACAACCUUGGAGCUCAAUGUGCCCAGCAAAAUAUGGCAGAACUCCAUAAUACAAAGAUGUGCUGAGCAAACUGAAAGACGGCUGAAUGGACGGUUCAAAGGUCUUUUAGAGGUCGCUUCACCGGCCGAAAUCAGCGCGCAGACCAGAGUCGACUUCCUGCAUCGCACGCUGAGUGACUUUCUUGCUACAGAGCGCAUGAGGCAGAAACUUCAGUCCUGGGCCUCUAAUGAGCUGAACGUCUUCACUGCAAUAAGCCGCGCUUUAAUCGCCGAGUCCAAGUUUGUCGCGGUAUCUUCACCGCCCUCUUUAUACAAGCUAGCCGUAGAAUUGGCUAGCAAAGGCGCGAAAGAAACAGGCAACACAGCUCUGUGUUUCGAAGUCAUUGAACACGCUGAGCGGGAGAACGAGCGAAUGAUGUGCUCGCACUCAGACUCCGAUGAAACAUACGACUCUUAUCCACCCUCGACUCAUACGAGCCUCGCCAUAUCUUGCCACUCGAUGGACUGGCUCCGCCCAACUCUUUCCGCCCCUAUCGGUAAAACGCCCUUACCGUCGUUGGUGAUCGCACUGUUUGGACUAGGAGCAGACCCCAAUGCUAUCGUGGACGGCACAUCUCAUUGGGCCGUUCUAGUAGACGAGAUGAUCAAGCGGUUGGGCGACGAGCAAGAGGAGCAAUGUUGGGCUGUCCUGGAAAUUUUUCUCGCGAAGGGUGCCGACGUGAACACGGCGGCAGAGCGAUGGACCGUCCUCAUAGAUCGCAUAGAGACUGGAUCAGAACACAGCCUCCGGAACGCGGCAAGGUACUUCAGAUGCCUCUUCAGCUAUGGACUGGAUCCAAAUGCUAUGAAUCGAAACACGACACUGACCAAGCACUUCCUACGGAUGUUAAUACGAACCUCUUUCUACCUCGAACAGAAGCCACGAGACAUGCAGCACGAACUCUUACGCAAGUUUCUCAGAGUCGGCGCUGAUGUCUCCAUGGUCUACAUGGAUAGAACACGUCAUGGAUGGUUCCAAGCUGUGUGUCCGGAUUUGAAACGGCAGUGUCCCUUGUCUUUAUUCUCUUUAAGAGUAAUGCAAUACCGUAUCUUCCUCGAACACGGAUUGGAUCCCAACAUUGACACUCAGACUGGUGUCACCAUAUGGAGGGGAUUGCUGUACUCUAUAGGUGCUGCCAUCAAGCAACGCCUGUACGGUGUUUUACACAUCCGACCCGUCCGCGACAUGGUCCUAAUUUCAUUACAAUAUGGGGCGGAUCCCCAUGUCAUCACAAUCCAGGGCAUAUUGGCUUGGAUGAAGAGCUGUGAAUCAGAAUUGUCAAGUAGUAGCGUUGAAGAUAUCCAACAAGCGCUGCGAAAGGAGAUCGAACACAGAGAGCGCCAGACGAUGUUGCAACCUCAUCUCGAAUCGCGAUCUGAUAGGCUAUCAAGAACAGGAACGCGAACAGGAGCUAAGAGAUCUCCAAAAAUCGAGCCCCCUCUUUUGCGGCAGAGGAUGCGGCAAGGUGAGAAGCGUGACCAUGAGGAUAUGUCUCAUGGCGGAAAGAUUGUGCGCUCCAAACGCCGUCGUUUCGGUUGA